GCCGAGCAGCAAGCUAAAGCUGCCCCCCUCAGAUGAAAUGUCUUUGGAGAACCUGUAUGAGAACCUGUAUGAGAACCUGUUACAGGAACCGAAGGAACCGGAUCAGAGAUCCGGAUCGGGGACCCUCUGCUCUCAGCACCGCGAGCAACUUAAGCUCUUCUGUCUGGACCAUCAGCUGCCCGUGUGUGUCGUCUGCAAGGACUCAAAGAAACACCACAGGCACAGGUUCAGACCCAUCGACGAAGCCGCUCAGGACCACAGGAGGGACCUGCUGAGGGUCCUGAAGCCCCUGAAGAAGAAACUGGAGCUCAGGAAGAAAGACAAGCAGAGGUUUGAGGAAACAGCCGAACACAUCAAAGUCCAGGUCAAGCAGACKAAGAGGCAGAUCACAGAGCAGUUCAGGAAGCUUCACCAGUUUCUAACAGAGGAGGAGGAGGCCAGGCUGGCUGCCCUGAGGGAGGAAGAGGAGCAGAAGGGCGGGGCGAUGGAUCAGAUGCUGACGUCUCUGAGUUUGGAGAUAGAAGUUCUCUCAGAAACGGUCRGCGCCACCGAGGAGGAGCUGAGAGCUGAGGACAUCUCCUUCCUGCACAGCUACAAGGCUGCAGUGGAAAGAGUCCAGUCCUGCCCCCUGCUGGACGACCCACAGCUGCCCUCAGGAGCUCUGAUAGACCAGGCCAAACACCUGGGCAACCUGGCCUUCAACAUCUGGACCAACAUGAAGGACCUGGUCUCCUACAGCCCCAUCAUCCUGGACCCGAACACGGCUCACCCGACGCUCGUCCUGUCCAAAGACCUGAGCAGCGUGAGGCAGGAAGAGGAGCAGUGGCUCCCCGGGAACCCGGAGAGGUUCGACGAUUACAACUCGGUCCUGAGCUCGGAGGGUUUCGACUCCGGGGCUCACAGCUGGGACGUGGAGGUCCAGCACAGCUCGAGCUGGGGGCUCGGUGUGUUGGCAGAGUCAGUCCAGAGGAAGGGGAGCUUGCACUCCGGGCUGUGGGUCGUGUAUUUGUACAAAGGAAAGUACACGGCGUGGUCGCCGACGGCGCYGCACGCCGACCUCUCCGUGGAGAAGAAACCCCUGAGGAUCAGAGUGAAUCUGGACUUAAAGAGAGGAAAACUGUCCUUCUCUGACCYGGACACCAACACGUAUCUGCACGUCUUCCAGCACACCUUCACCGAGAGGAUGUUCCCGGUCAUCAACUCCUGGGACAAAAUUAAUGUUUUACCGAUGAAGAUCUCAGUGACAAAAUGGCAGCUCUGAUGCAUGAAACUGAAAACACAGAAAGUUAAAUAAUUUGAGCCUGUGACAUGUUCUUCARAUACAAGAAGUCAAAGAAAACAUCUUUAUAUUUAAGAAACUUGACACAAUCAGAGCCGGCUCUUGGCAUAGGCGAACUA